AUGCAGGAACAUGAAGCCUGCGAAGACAGCCCUCUGGCCGACUGUGAGAAAUUGACCAUGGAUAAUGGGGGAUGUAAUCAAGAAAUAGAUAUUGUUGGUGCGCUGUGCCCUCUGUCGUGUGGCUUGUGCGAAGUGGGUCCUGUUUGCUCUGACCACCUGGAGGGUCGGGGCUGUGACAAACUCCACCUGGCCGACAACUGCAGCUCACCCCUCACCAUGUCCUUGUGUCCUAAAUAUUGCAAUCUGUGCGAUGAGGACAGCUCACCAGCUGUGACCCCUAUUUUGACCCCUGUGACCACUGAUGAACCUGGUUCUACCACAUCCACUAGUGCCGCACCUACUACCACGACAACCACACCUACUACUAUCACUACAACACCUACCACAAAAACUACUACCCCCACAACUACAACAACAACACCAACUACCACCACUACUCCCACAACUACCACUACAACACCUACCACUACAACUAGCACACCCACAACUACGACAACAACACCUACCACUACAACAACAACAUCAACUACCACCACUACUCCCACUACCACUACUACAACUACACCUACCACUCCAACAACAACAACCACUACCACCACUACUCCCACUACAACUACUACAACUACACCUACCACUCCAACAACAACACCCACUACCACCACUACUCCUACCACUACUACAACGACGCCCACAACUACCACACCUACAACUACUACCACUACUCCGACCACAACUGCCACGACAACACCUACUACUACAACUACUACAACUACUACAACUACACCUACCACUCCAACAACAACACCCACUACCACCACAACUACACCUACCACUACUACAACGACGCCCACCACUACCACACCUACAACUACUCCCACUACUCCCACCACAACUGCCACGACAACACCUACUACUACAACUACUACAACUACUACAACCACUACACCUACAACUACCACCAACACUCCCAGCACCACUACAACCACUACUCCCACCACCACUACUACAACUACUGCACCUACCACAACUCCCACUACUACAACAGCACCCACCACAACUACACCUACUACUAUCACUACCACUACAACAACGCCCACCACUACCACACCUACAUCUACAACCACUGCUCCCACCACCACUACAACUACUACACCCAGUACAACUACAACUACAACACCAACUACCACUACAAAAACUACAUCCCAAACCACGAGAGCAACUAGCAGCACACUGCCGACCACACCGGGACCUCCCCGUAGCUGCUAUCAGUGUGGGAGUGUAAGUUCUGAAUGUGGACCUGUGGAUCUUAUCAUUGGCCAGCCAUCCGUGUGUCCAGACGGGAAGAUGUUCUGUAUGAACGAUAUCGCUAUCGUGGGUGGUCGGAGAAAAGUUGUCAAACGGUGUGUAGACGAGCCAACAUGCUACACGGACUGGUUCCUCCAAUCCUCAGACAGAAGCAAAUGUGUGAACUAUGACCCGGAUUUGGGCUUGACCGAUGACCUUGACUGCCACUUCUGUUGUGUGGAAGACAACUGUAAUCAGAAAUUCAAACCCGCGCUUGACAAACUGUAUAACCCUGUCAACUGA